CGCGGGAACCCCCCCACCCUCCUCGGGACUCGUACCUCCACCGCUAAGGUUUUUAGGUGCAUCUGGUUACCCGCUGGAAAUACUUUGAAGUAUCAACAAUGAACUCGAUGUUAACAUUACUUUUUUCUGGAUUAGUUGCCUGUUGUGGUCACUCCACCGGCAAUUCGGUGUCCAGGUUACUCCUCGUGUCCUUUGAUGGCUUCAGGGCUGAUUACUUGGAAACCUACAAACUUCCUCAUCUUCAGGAGUUCAUUGCGGAUGGUGUGCUCGUCAAACAAGUUACGAAUGCUUUUAUCACCAAGACAUUCCCAAACCAUUAUACCAUAGUGACAGGUUUAUACGAAGAAAGCCACGGCAUCGUGGCUAAUGACAUGUAUGAUGCAGAUGCCAAGAAAAAGUUUUCCCAGUUCAACGACUCGGAUCCCUUCUGGUGGAAUGAGGCAGUUCCAAUUUGGGUAACGAAUCAACAGCAGGGAGAGGCAGUAAGUGCUGCUGCAAUGUGGCCUGGUACCGAUGUAAAAAUUAAUGGUACCACCCCUCGGUUCUUUAUGAAGUAUAACUUUUCAAUGAAGUUUGAGGAAAGAGUGGAGAACAUUGUUGCGUGGCUGAACAGCUCUGAUCCAGUAGUCAGUUUUGCUACUUUAUAUUGGGAAGAACCAGAUGCAAGUGGGCACAAGUAUGGACCAGAGGAUACUGAGAACAUGCGCAAAGUAUUAGAAGAAGUGGAUAAUCAUAUUGGUUUCCUUACUAAGAAAUUGAAGGCGGUCGGUUUGUGGGACACCAUUAAUAUUAUAAUAACAAGCGAUCAUGGAAUGGCCUCCUGUUCUGCAAAGAAGCUGAUUAUCCUGGAUGAAUGCAUCGGUCGCAAUAAUUAUACUCUGAUAGACAGGACUCCGGUUGCUGCAGUGCUGCCAAGAGAGAACACGAGAGAAGUGUACAACUUGCUGAAAAAAUGCAACAGUCACAUGAAAGUGUAUCUUAAAGAAGAAAUUCCAGACAGAUUUCAUUACCGUCAUAAUAAGAGAAUUCAACCCAUAAUUCUGGUUGCAGACGAAGGCUGGACAAUCGUACAGAAUGAGUCACUUUCAAAAUUGGGUGACCACGGCUACGACAACGCUCUCCCAAGCAUGCAUCCCUUCCUGGCUGCUCGGGGGCCCGCUUUCCAGCGGGGAUACAAGCAGAGCACGAUGAACAACGUUGACAUUUACCCCAUGAUGUGCCACAUCCUGGGGCUGACCCCGCGGCCGCACAACGGCACUUUCAGCAACACCAAGUGCUUGCUCGCUGACCAGUGGUGCAUCAACCUUCCCGAGGCUAUCGGGAUAGUCAUUGGGGCUCUGAUGAUACUGACUACUUUCACCUGUGUUAUAAUAAUCUCAAAGAAUAGAAUAACUCCCCCGAGGCCAUUUUCCCGACUUCAGUUACAGUAUGACGAUGAUGAUCCUUUAAUUGGAUAGCGUGUCAGGAGCGUCGCUUGCUACAUAGUGAUUUCAGGAAGAGUUUGAACUUGCACUGGAUGGCUUUCUUCAAUGCACUUUAAAGGUAUCUGUAUAAAAUACUGUACAGCCAGAUCUUGCUAACUUGUUUGUGCUACCUGACUAGUUAGUAGGCCUGUAAAAAAUAGUUUUCAGAACAAAAUGGUCAACAGGUGGCUUUCUGCUGGAAGAGACGCUUAACAAAAUAAGGAUACUUAAUUUUUCAUUCAAGCCUUUGAACACUUUCAAACUGAAAAUCCAAAGUAUGAACUAGCCAAGCUAGACUAAGUGAAUUUUAACAUUUGUAAAUGAGAAUUGUUGUUGUGUUUUUUUUUAUUAAACUUAAAUUAAUGUUGGCUUCUUUUAGUGUUCUUGUACCUGUGUUGAGAAGAUCUUUUUUUAUGAGAGUUCAGAGUUCUGUGUUUAGACGGUAUAUUCUGAUUUUUGUUCUUAAAUUUGGGGAUCAAGGGUGUAGAGAAGAUCCAAUACUUGGCUUUCCACCCUAAGCCAGCAAUAUGACUAGCGACUGGUGAGAAGGAAACCAGAAGUCAGUGAGGAAAAUAUUAGUGUGUAUCACUUCUGUUCUGAGCAAUAAAGUAUGCGGUUCAGCAGUUACAACACUGGGCAAAUUGACAUUUCUAGAGGUGGUGCCUAUAGAUGACUUGGUCCCACAGCUCCUGCACUUGGAGAGCUGGGAUGGUAUUAAGUUGUUUAUCUCAAGGAUGUCAAUUCAAUCUGAGAAUCCUUGGAUUGCUCAGUCUAAUGGGCUGUAGUAAAAUUACUGCUGCUACGCCCUGUGAAAAAUUUUUCAAGUGUAAACUCUGCUUGAAGGUGUUUCUGUAAGAAAGGCGGUUCUGCCCUGUGUACCUGCUGAUGGUUAUCUUCUGAAGGUUGUCAGGUGCUAGAAAGCAACAACUGAAAGUUUGACGUGCAAUCAUCAAGAAAGGAUUCCAAACUCUUAUUUUAAACCCUGGAGAUUUAAAGUGAAAAAAUGAAUGUAUUUUUUUGGGAUAAGACGUGUUAUCUGUAGUGUCUAAGUUGUAUGGAUGUCAAGUUCUGGUGAAGACCAGAGCUAAUGCUUCUCUUUGUUGAGACUUUUGAGUCCUUGUUCAUGGUCAAGUCUAGGAACUUGCCAUAAAAAAAA